UUAAUUGAUUUAUUGGCCGAUAGGCGUCCGUUGCGGCAUCUGGUACGGUGUUUUUUCGAGAUAGAUAAUUGUUUUGAAAUAUUCGUUAAUUAAAUUCAUCAUGAACGUCUUGACAAGAAAAGUACUGAACGUAGCUAAGUCCUUUAUAGGAAAUUCCAUUGGAGCCAACAAAUUUCAAGUCACAGGGCAUUAUGGCAAUAUUGGUAUUCAAGGCGAUUUAGUAAAUAGUAUGAGAGCAUCCUUGGGCAAUAUGUUACAAGUUUUCGAACAGAUCAGAUGUAAAACUACGUUACAGCGGUUACAUAGAAUAGGAUUGAAAGAUAAGAAAAUAAAGAAAUCGAAGAAUCCUUUCAAUGGGAAGCCUUUUGCGAAGGGCAUCAUUCUGAAAACUGUUAUUAAAAAGCCAAAAAAGCCAAAUUCUGCUAAUCGGAAAUGUGUUAUCGUUAAGUUAUCCACCGGAAAGGAAAUGACUGCCUACGUACCUGGAAUAGGUCACAAUUUACAAGAACACAAUGUCGUAUUAUGUGAAGUGGGAAGAUUGCAAGAUACGCCCGGUGUUAAAAUAAGAUGCAUUCGUGGAAAAUAUGAUCUUCCGCAUGUAAAGAAAACUUAAUUCCUUUACAUAGACGUGGACCCACGUACAAUGCAUUCUGACAUCUAGAUGCCACAAUGGAGAAAGGGUUCUGGUACAGCCCUCGUCUUUCGACGUUAUUACGGAAGGGUUGCACGCAGACUUUUACGCAUCUGCACUUUUCACGUUCACCCACGCCGGUCACUGCCUGCCUAUUGACCAUAUGACAUCCUGACCAACAUCUAGAUAUUUUCGAAAAACUGGCUCUCAACCAGUUUUACGAAAUAAUUUGUUGUCAACGAUUUUAUUUAUGUAUACGAUUUAUUACAAUUAAACGAUUUUAUGAUUUUGUUCUGA